AUGACGUUUGUCUCGGCAAUCUUUCGACCUCUUCUCAUCACCGCGGCCGCAGGCGCCGGCUUAUAUCUUGCCUUCCUCGGCCUCUUGACCAUUCCCGCCCUCCAAGACCACGCCAUAUACCUUCACGGGGUCACUUUGACCUGGUUCAAAGAUGUCAACGUCCCGGAACACUGGGGUUUCCUGCGGAACCAGGUCACACCCUUUCAGCUCAAAACCCCCGAUGGCGAGACUCUGCAUGCGUGGCAUAUCCUACCACUCGAGGCUUAUCGCCGGAAUGAAAAGGCAUUAAGAGACGAGCCGGCAGGGCUUUGCCACGAUAUCACGAGCAGAGUCGGCUUCAAGCUCCUCACAGACGACCCGACAGCUCGGCUGGUACUCUAUUUCCAUGGGGCCGGGGGAACUCUGGGAUCAGGCUGGCGACCGCAGAGCUACCGCGCCUUGUCUGCGAGUGCCCCAAACGUCCACAUACUGGCCAUUGACUACCGCGGUUUUGGUUCUAGUACUGGGUGGCCAUCCGAGGACGGCCUUUUGACUGAUGCCCUUACUCUCGCCGAGUUUGCACUCAAAACUGCAGGCAUCCCCGCGGAAAGAACGGUCAUAUUUGCCCAAUCCCUAGGCACUGCCGUCGGCAUAUCCCUCGCACACCAUCUGGCCAAGCAAUCUCCGCCCACGCUCUUCGCGGGCAUGGUGCUCGUGGCCCCGUUUGCCAGCGUCGAGCUCCUUACUCAGACGUACAGGAUUGCCGGGACCAUCCCGCUCUUAGCUCCCGUGGCUCGCUGGCCCAAGGCCCUCGCUUGGUUCAAUACCUUCAUCCUCUGCAAAUGGCCUUCGAAGGACAAGCUGGCCGACUUUGUCCGUGUGGCAGACGGCCUCAAACUCGCGGGCAGAACGACCAAGUACGACGUCACCAUCAUCCAUGCAGAGGAUGACUAUGACAUCCCCUGGGUGCACUCGGACGUUGUUUUCUGGCACGCAGUAAACGGGGCGCGAGAACCUGAAGCCGGAUUGACCUUUGACGAUCUCGAAGCCCUGAAGGACAGACAGAAAUCAAUCCUCGGGGCGGGCGGCUGGGAGGUCGAGUACACAGGAAGUGGUGGCGUUUUGCGAGAGCAGAUUGUGAAGCACGGGCUGCAUGAUCGAAUCAUGAGUUAUCCCGUGGUCAGUCUCGCUGUGGCCCGGGCGUUCCACGGUCAGGAUUCUGCAUAG